AUGCAGUUCACCACCACCCUCAUUGCCUCCAUCCUCGCCGUCGCUGUCACCGCAGCCCCGGGCAGUGCUGCCGCUGGCGACCUCGAAAAGCGCCAGGUGGUGGACUGUGGAGCGGGGAAUUGCCCGAACCUCGUUCAGGAAAGUCUAUGCGUAAUUAGGAACCUCGCUUUCUUGAACGUUAACGGCGCCAUCAACUGUGUUACUGGCGGUCAAUCUACUAUCUGCAAUUGCGCGAGUUGCGUCCCAGCAGUUGAGGCGUUUCUCGCCGCCUUCCCCGGUAUUAUCAACUGCCCGGCUUGA